GGUUAAGAGGAUGGCAGCGUUGGCAGUUGAAGCAGAAGAUUUCAGCACUGGAGUAUAUUUACUUUUAGGGCUAAAUAAACUGAGUGAAGGGGUUGUUCUAGGAACUCCUAAGGUGAUAUCUGCUCUUUCUUUGAUUCUAGGGAGAGUUGUAAGAAAUAAUGAAAAGAUAAUGGAAACAACAAAGAUGAUGGACACUAUUACUAUCUUUCAUGCUGUCAGAGCACCAAGCUUAAGCAUUCAGCAAUAUAUAAAUCGGAUUUUCAAGUAUGCAAGCUGCAGUCCUUCCUGCUUCGUCAUAGCAUACAUAUACAUAGAUAGAUUUCUAGAAUGUGCAGAUGUUCAUGUGACGUCUCUAAAUGUUCAUCGACUCUUUAUCACAAGUGUGAUGAUAGCAGCUAAGUUUAUUGACGACUUAUUUUACAACAACGCAUAUUAUGCAAAAGUGGGAGGAGUAAGCACUGCAGAGAUGAACAAGAUGGAAAUCAGUUUUUUGUUCAGCUUAGAUUUCAGACUCCAAGUAACAGAAAGAACUUUCAAACACUACUGCUUGCAGUUAGCGAAGGAAGGGACCAAGUAAACUACCGACACAUACAAGAUUUAAAAGUGCUUAGUGCUACUGCUAAAGUAAGAAUGUUAAUAUAUAUAGCUAAUAACUAAGUCUCAGCUGGCACACAGAAAUGCGAAGUUAAUCAUCUCUAUGCAACCAGAACAGCAGGACUACCUUAUCAUCUAUACAAGGGCAAUGCUAACAACUCUCACACCGCUCCCU